AUGGCCAUGGCCGGAGGUCGAAGGGGACUGGUUGCUCCACAAAAUACAUUUUUGGAGAAUAUUGUCCGGAGAUCUAAUGAUACUAAUUUUGUCUUGGGUAAUGCCCAGAUAGUGGAUUGGCCAAUUGUCUACAGCAAUGAUGGAUUUUGCAAGCUUUCAGGAUACCAUAGAGCAGAGGUUAUGCAAAAAAGCAGCACUUGCAGCUUUAUGUAUGGAGAGCUGACUGACAAAGAAACAAUUGACAAAGUUCGGCAGACCUUUGAGAAUUAUGAAAUGAAUUCCUUUGAAAUUUUAAUGUAUAAAAAAAAUAGGACUCCUGUGUGGUUUUUUGUGAAGAUUGCACCAAUUCGAAAUGAGCAAGAUAAAGUCGUUUUAUUUCUUUGUACAUUUAGUGAUAUCACUGCUUUUAAACAGCCAAUUGAAGAUGAUUCAACAAAAGGCUGGGGAAAAUUAGCACGCCUGACAAGAGCACUUACCAGCAGCAGGGGGGUUCUGCAGCAGCUUGCUCCAACGGUACACAAAGGAGAAAAUGUUCAUAAGCAUUCACGGCUUGCUGAGGUCCUGCAGCUGGGCUCAGAAAUUCUUCCACAAUAUAAGCAAGAAGCCCCAAAGACUCCACCACAUAUCAUUUUACAUUACUGUGUUUUCAAGACUACUUGGGAUUGGGUUAUUUUAAUUUUAACGUUUUACACUGCUAUCCUGGUACCUUACAAUGUUUCCUUCAAGACCAAGCAGAACAAUGUCGCCUGGUUGGUUGUAGACAGCAUCGUGGAUGUCAUUUUUUUAGUAGACAUUGUUCUCAAUUUUCACACCACUUUUGUUGGACCUGCCGGGGAAGUGAUAUCAGACCCAAAGCUUAUUCGCAUGAACUACUUGAAGACUUGGUUUGUGAUUGACCUGUUGUCCUGUUUACCAUAUGAUGUCAUCAAUGCCUUUGAAAAUGUGGAUGAGGGUAUUAGCAGCCUUUUCAGCUCUUUAAAAGUGGUGAGACUUCUUCGACUGGGUCGUGUUGCUCGGAAGUUGGAUCAUUACAUUGAAUAUGGAGCUGCUGUUUUAGUUCUGUUGGUUUGUGUUUUUGGCCUGGCAGCUCAUUGGUUAGCUUGCAUCUGGUUCAGCAUUGGAGAUUAUGAAGUCAUCAAUGAAGAUACGGACACUUUAAGAAAUGAAAGUUGGCUUGUUCAGUUGGGAAUAUCCAUUGGAACUCCUUAUCGUUUCAAUGUAACGGGUUCUGGAAAAUGGGAAGGGGGACCAAGCAAGGAUUCUGUUUACAUUUCAUCAUUAUAUUUUACAAUGACCAGCCUCACUAGUGUUGGAUUUGGAAAUAUUGCACCAACAACAGAUGGAGAGAAGAUAUUUGCCGUUGCCAUGAUGAUGAUCGGAUCACUCCUGUAUGCAACUAUUUUUGGUAAUGUGACAACUAUCUUUCAACAAAUGUAUGCCAACACCAACCGCUACCAUGAAAUGCUAAACAGCGUCCGUGAUUUCCUUAAACUUUACCAAGUCCCAAAAGGUUUGAGUGAGCGUGUUAUGGAUUAUAUUGUUUCUACAUGGUCAAUGUCUAGAGGCAUAGAUACAGAGAAGGUUUUACAGAUUUGCCCUAAAGAUAUGAGAGCAGACAUAUGUGUGCACCUGAAUCGAAAAGUUUUUAAAGAACAUCCUGCAUUCAGAUUGGCCAGCGAUGGCUGCUUGAGAGCUUUAGCUAUGGAAUUCCAGACCGUGCACUGUGCGCCUGGGGAUUUAAUUUACCAUGCUGGGGAAAGUAUAGACACACUUUGCUUUGUGGUUUCAGGCUCUUUAGAAGUAAUCCAGGAUGAUGAAGUUGUUGCUAUUCUUGGAAAAGGUGAUGUGUUUGGAGAUGUUUUCUGGAAGGAAACUACACUUGCCCCCUCCUGUGCUAACGUCAGGGCUCUCACAUACUGUGAUCUGCACGUCAUUAAAAGAGAUGCCUUAUUGAAAGUUUUAGAAUUCUAUACAGCCUUUUCACACUCGUUUUCCAGAAACUUGAUUUUAACCUACAACCUAAGGAAAAGGAUUGUGUUCAGAAAAAUCAGUGAUGUCAAAAGAGAGGAAGAAGAAUGGAUGAGAAGCAAAAAUGAAGCACCAUUGAUCCUCCCACCAGAUCAUCCAGUUCGAAGGCUAUUUCAAAGGUUUAGGCAACAAAAGGAGGCCAGGCUGGCAGCAGAGAGAGGCGGAAGAGACCCUGGUGACAUCGAAAAAGGAAACAUAUUGGUGGAGCAUUCUGCGCGCAAUACCAUACGGGCCAGCCUUGUCACUGUUACAGAGAGUCCUGCAACCACAAUAGCUUUCCAGUCUGCUUCAACAUCUGGCGUGUCUGAUUGUUCUAAGCUUCAUGCACCAGUUAUAGAAAGCACUAGAGGUAAAAUGGCUGGGGAAUUUGUGAAAAGGAAAGGGUGGGCCAGAUUUAGAGAUGCAUGUGGGAAAGGAGAGGAUUGGAACAAAGUUUCUAAAGCAGAGUCUAUGGAGAUAUUACCAGACAGAACUAAACCUUCGGGGGAGGUUACAUUAAAGAAGACAGAUUCAUGUGACAGCGGCAUUACAAAAAGUGAUUUGCGAUUAGACAGUGUUGGGGAGACUAGGAGCCCUCAGGAUCGCAGCCCUGUGCAGACAGAAGUUAAACACACUUUUUAUCCCAUUCCAGAACAGACUCUCCAAGCCACAGUGUUAGAAGUGAAACAUGAGUUAAAAGAAGAUAUAAAAGCCUUGAAUUCAAAAAUGACAAAUAUCGAAAAACAGCUUGCUGAGAUACUAAGGAUACUAUCCUCAAGGAGGUGUUCUCAGUCACCACAGGAAAUAUUUGAAAUAUCAAGACCCCAGUCUCCGCAAUCAGAAAGGGACAUUUUUGGGUCAAGCUAA